AUGGCCGGAAGAAUCUUCACCAACUUGGACAACCUGUGUAACGUGGAUUCCGCCAACGUCCACCCGCUGGUGUGUCACCUGUGCCACGAGCAGUACCAGUCCCCGUGUCUGCUGGACUGCUACCACAUCUUCUGUGCCCGCUGCCUGCGAGGCCGGACCAAUGACAGCCGCCUCAGCUGCCCCCUCUGUGGUUACCCGUCCAUAUUAAAAGGGAACAGCUCCCUCCCGCCAGAAGACCGUCUGCUCAAGUUCCUGGUGGACAACAACGCGGACGCUGAGGAGACCGUGCAGUGUGCCAACUGUGACCAGGAAAGCAGCAAAAAGGACGCAGGAGGGAUGUACUACUGUAACACCUGCAGCCAGCCGCUGUGCAGCGCCUGCAGGGAGUUGACUCACAAGGCCAGAAUGUUUUCCCACCAUGAGAUUGUGUCUCUGGCCAAACGCUCCAGAGCCAAACACCGGAAGUGCCCGCUCCACGAGGAGCCCUACAUCCUGUUCUCAACAGAGAACAAGUCGAUGCUGUGCAUCAAGUGCUUCAGAGACAUGCAAGUGGAGAGUCGGACUCACUGCAUUGACAUAGAGACGGCCUACAUGCAGGGCUGUGAGAUGCUGGACCAGGCGGUGCUGGUGGUGAAGGAGCUGCAGACCUCGGCCCGAGAGGCCAUCCUCCUGCUGAGGGCGAUGAUCGGAGAAGUGUGUCUGAACGUGGAGGAAGAAGAGAGCGCGAUCUGCACUCUGUUCAACAGCCUGCAGGAAAAACUAGCAGAGAGGAAGAAGAUUCUGCUGAAAGCAGCUCAGAGUCAACACGAGGAGAAGGAGAAAGCACUCAAGGAGCAGCUCUCCCACCUCACCGCCCUCCUCCCCACCCUCCAGGUGCACCUCGUCACGUGUUCGGCCUUCCUCAGCUCAGCCAACAAGUUUGAGUUUUUGGACAUGGGCUACCAACUCAUGGAGAGGCUGAAGAGGAUCGUGAAGCUCCCUCACCGGCUGAGACCGGUGCAGAGCAGCAAAAUCAACACCGACUACAGAAGCGAGUUUGCUCGCUGUCUGGAGCCCUUGCUGCUGCUCGGCCAGCGCUGCCUUCCCUCUGUCGCCGGAUCUAUAAGCGUGGCGGCAAGGCACCAGUCCCCUCUCUCCAUGGCGUGCCGCUCCCCGUCUCUCAGUGAGAUGCCCCUGGGCUCGGUGUGCGGUCGGAGGCCCAGCUGUCACCGCAACAUCUGCACCAAGGUCCUCCUGGCUGAGGGGAGGGAGACGCCCUUCACCGAGCACUGCCGCAACUAUGAGAACACCUACAGGACUCUCCAGACGGAGAUUCAGAGCCUGAAGGACCAGGUCCAGGAGCUGCACCGAGACCUCACCAAGCACCACUCCAUCAUCAACACGGAUAAAAUGGGCGAGAUCAUGGACCGGUCGCUGCACAUCGACAGCCAGAUAGCUUCCCAGCACUCCACCGUGGAGACGAUGAGAGUCAUGUUUGAAGAGAUCUGGGACGAGACUUUUCAGAGGGUCACCAACGAGCAGGAGAUCUACGAAGGUUUCAGCCCAGCUUCACGACCUAAUGCAGCUGAAGCAGGAGAACUCUUACCUGACCACCAUCACCAGACAGAUCAGCCCCUACAUCCUGUCCAUCGCCAAAGUCAAAGAGAGACUGGAGCCCAGGUUUCAGGAGGCGAAAAAGCACCACGACGACCGCACGGAGACGAUGCUGAAAGUCUACGAAGAAAGCGCGAUGGCGAAAGAGAGUCAAGACGGCGACAACCAGACCUGCGUCUUAGACUCGGACCGGCACAAGAACAACCGGCCGCUGAUCCUCGAGUCGGGCGACAGCUCCGUCAAGACCAGCCGCCCGGUCCGGCCCAGGGUUACCACGGAGACGUCCGGCCACAACGAGACGCCUUCGUAGAAAACGGGUCCGGAGACUCCAAGGUGAGGUCAACACGGAGGUCAAAGACUGUCGGAGCCGGACGGGGACAAAGAAAACGAAGAAUUACUCGGACUUGUAGAAGAAAACAGCGAAUGUCCUUUCUGUUUGUGCUUUGGCUGUUAAAAUGAUAAGUAUGCUGAGAGUGUGAAUUAUCGCCCUGUCUGUUUUAUUUCACAGUGUGUGUGUGUGUGUGUGUGUGUGUGUAUGUGUGUUUUGCAGACUCUAUUCUUUGCAUAAAACAUUUCCUUUGGGGAGUUAGAGUGGGAGGGAGGCUGAUGAUGGAUGACCGCCCAGCUCUGAUUCCCCAGAAGAUCGUUGAACCGGUGUGACGGCACAGAUGGAACGCAGCAAAUGCAAUGACGUGUGUGUGUGUGUGUGUGUGUGUGUGUGUGUGUGUGUGUCGUUCUGGGUGUCAGCGUCGCUCACAUGUUGACGUGUGUCUCCUUCAAAAUGAAGCAGUGAUUUCCAGGAUGGUGUCUGCAGUGGGCUUUUCCUUUCUUUUCUCUUUUUUUAACCCAGCAGCUUUUUAACAUCUACAUGCAAGAGGUGGAAACGCUGUAAUAUUAGAGGCGUGUGAAUGUAACUGGCCUCAACCUCGAUCCGCUGCUCGCUUCUUCUUCUUCUUCUUUUUUUUAAUCCUCAAUUCUCCAGCCAACCAAAGCGCUGUCUAGAAAUAUAUAUUCCUCUUGGGUUUGCCCCCUCGACGACGCCCGGUGUCAGCAUCGUGCUUUAAGGCAUUUGCCCUGCAGGAAAUCAGCAGGUAUACCUUCCCUUUCCUCUUACUUCCCUUCUCCUUUUCCUCCCAUGUAUUCUUUUGAUAAUCAUCAUGUUGGCAUUUUAGUAGUGGAACAUAAAGGCACGUACCUUUUAUGAUGUAGAGGACCAGCAUAAUUUGAGGGUAAUUUCAGGAGAAAGAUAAGAUAAGAUAAGAUAAGAUAAGAUAAUCCUUUAUUAGUCCCUCAGUGGGGAAAUUACAGGAUUACAGGCAGCAUUGCUCACAGUAAUAAGUAA